UCGUCAGUAGCAAACGGCGGGUGGAGAAGACAGCGCGAGAACGCAAAAGCAAACUCAACGAAGCGCAUUUGCAAAUUGCAGCAACAACGCAACUGCACUGAAAACUGAACGAGCCAGUGUGAAAAGUGAUUUGUGGGAAAAAAGAACAGUUAAAAAAACGCACACUUAACACAAAACUAACCGUGUAAAGUAAAGAAGAGAUAUGAUGGAAUAUAAGGCCGUGCCGUGCGUUGUGCCGCGCAGCCCCUUCGAUGCGGCCAGCGAUAGCCAGGAGCUGCGCGCCGCAAUGCGUGGCCUCGGCACCGAUGAGGAGCAAAUAAUCGAGGUGCUCACCUCACGCACCAAUGCCCAGCGUCAAGUGAUUAGCGCCGCCUAUGCGUCCGAAUUCGAUAGAGAUUUGAUCGAAGAUCUGAAGGGUGAGCUGGGCGGCAAGUUUGAGGAUGUGAUUGUGGCGCUUAUGUUACCGCCCGUCGACUAUCUGUGCCAGCAGCUGCACAAAGCCAUGGCCGGCAUUGGCACCGAGGAGUCGACACUUGUCGAAAUUUUGUGCACCAAAUCCAACGAGGAGAUGCAGCAACUUGUCGUCAACUAUGAGGAGAAAUAUGGACGGCCGCUGGCCGAGCAAAUGUGCAGCGAAACCUCCGGUUUCUUUCGACGUCUGCUCACAUUGAUUGUGACCGGUGUGCGGGAUCCAAUGAAUACGCCCGUGGAUGCGGCACAAGCCAAAGAACAGGCGGCACAAUUGUAUGCCGCCGGCGAGGCCAAAUUGGGCACCGACGAGGAGGUCUUCAAUCGUAUAAUGGCCCAUGCCAGCUUCCCCCAGCUGCGGCUGAUCUUCGACGAAUACAAGGAGCUGUCCGGCCAGACCAUCGAGCAGGCCAUCAAGCACGAGAUGGCCGAUGAGCUGCACGAGGCCAUGAUGGCCAUAGUCGAGUGCGUCCAGUCGCCGGCGGCCUUCUUUGCCAAUCGCCUGCACAAGGCCAUGGAUGGCGCCGGCACCGAUGAUGCCACCAUCAUACGCAUCAUUGUCAGCCGCUCCGAGAUCGAUCUGGAGACCAUUAAGCAGGAGUUCGAGCGCAUCUACAAUCGCACGCUGCUCAGCGCCAUUGUGUCGGAAACGUCGGGCGACUACAGGCACGCAUUGGCCGCGCUGCUGGGCGGCGCUUAGCCUGGCCACGAAAUAAUAUCAGAUGCCCUUUAUAGCUAAUUACACACAUAUAUAUAUAUAUAUAUAGUAUUUACGGUGGCCCUUUACGGAGGACGCUCGCUUUUAAAUGUUUGCACAGUGCGCACCAGUUGUGGGCGAAUAAAUACACACGCUGAGCACUUAACUUAAA